GGAACUAAGGCUUUGAAAAUAUAUUUUUCAGAUCUAAUAAUUGAACAAAUAGCAUGGAAUGAUAUGCGAGAGAGGAGAAGGGCAAGUAUGGGACUCUCUUCGCCUGAACAUGAUAGACGAGAGUACAUUGAAGCUGUCGAAGAUGGCGUAGUAGUAGAAGAUGUUUAUGAUGAUAAUGUAGAUUAUGAAGGAAAAGGAAUUGUUAUUGUUCGUGAUGAUGGUAUAGGAUAUUGUGAAGGAGAAGGUGUCGUUGUUGUUUGUGAUAAUGGUGUAGGUUGUGAAGGAGAAGGGGUCGUUGUUGUUCAUGAUGAUGGUGUAGGUUGUCUCGAAAGAGUAAAUUUUAAAGACAUUGUGAUUCGUGAUGAUUUAAUUGAUGAUUUUGGUUUAGUUUUAUGUUCUUCUUCCUCUACGUCACUAGAAAUUACAAGAUAG